CUCAGUGCAGGCGCGAACGCUCAGGUGGAAAGUUGGGCCAGAGGUGCGGAGCCGGAAGAACAAGCAGAUCAAGACUCACCUACGGAAAGCAGUGCUGUCUCUGGUCUGAACGUGUGUUGUGUGCGCCCUUUUAGCGUCUCCAAAGAAUAUUUAUGCAAGAGACACAGCACCGGUGCAGACAUGACGGAACAAAAGAAUAAACUGCUUCUGGUGGUGGUGGAUAUUGUGUGUGUCGUUGUAGCUGCUCUGCCGUCAGCCAUCUUGACGAUCCUCUUCACUCCGUACCAGAGAGGGAUCUACUGUGAUGACGAAAGCAUCAGCUACCCAUACAGACGAGACACCAUCUCCCACGGAGGCAUGGCCGCCGUCACCAUCACAUGCUCCAUUGUCAUUAUAACCACAGGAGAGGCGUACCUGGUUUAUUCCAACAGGCUGCGCUCCAACUCCCAGUUUAAUCAGUACCUGUCUGCGCUGUACAAAAUCGUGGGCACGUUCCUGUUCGGAGGAGCGGUCAGUCAGUCCCUCACAGAUCUGGCCAAGUUCACCAUCGGACGCCCCAGACCAAACUUCUUAGCUGUGUGCGCCCCCACUGUCUGUAACGGGUACAUGCUGCAAAUCAACUGCACCGGAAAUCUACGCAAUGUUACUGAGUCCAGGUUGUCGUUCUACUCGGGUCACUCUUCGUUCGGGAUGUACUGCAUGCUCUUUCUAUCGUUGUACGUACAGGCCAGGAUGCAGGGUAAAUGGACACGUUUGGUUCGACCCACGAUUCAGUUCUUCUUGGUGAUGUUUGCGGUUUACGUGGGCUACACUCGAGUGUCCGACUACAAACACCACUGGAGUGACGUGCUGGUGGGAUUCCUGCAGGGAGCGCUCAUCGCUGUCCUCAUUGUGCGAUACGUGUCUGACUUCUUCAAACAGCGCCCCCCUCUGUGCACUACUCCUGACACACCCGAAGAUGAACAUUUGGACAAUAAAGGCAGUGCCCCACCUCCGGACUCUCAACACGGAAACCACUACAACUACACUGGCCCUGUAUGAGCCCCCUCCCUCCUGAACCAGCACGGCUGUAUACACCACCAGGUCAUAUGGGCCACGCCACAGUAUUCUAUUUAAUAUCUGAACUGAAAAUGCAAGAAUAAACCAGGACUAUGACCAGAUUAAACCCAGACAAAACUAGGUUGGGACUAAACCAGGACUAAACAGGGUCCGGGUCUACAACAGGACUAAACUAGGACUAAACCAGAACUAACUUUCUAAAUUUACCCAGGACUGAAUGAGGUAUAGACUGCAACAGCUAAACCCAAUGUAGACCAGUUAAACCAAGACUAAACCAGAACAACUCAACUAAAGUAGGUCUAAACCAGGUCCUAAUGGGGUGUGGACACCUACAAUUUAGGGUCUAAACCAUGAGAAUUUAACCCAGUGUAAACCAAAAUUAAACCAGGAUUAAAUCACAUCUAAACUAGGUCCUGAUGGAGUGUGGAUGCCUUAAUAGGGUCUAAACUAUGACCACAAAGCCCAGUCUAAACUAGAACUGAACUGGAACUAAACCAGGAUCAAAUCAGGCUUUGCAUGAAGUGAGUACACAGCAGCAGUUAAAACUUAACAAGCCCCAAAUGAGGCCUUAAAGACCAACUAAACCAGGACUAGGACUAAACCAUUUAAAGGGCCCAUAUUAUGUUAUUUUCUGAUCUAUGUUUUAAUGUUGUUUCUUCAUCACAACAUACCUGGAGUUGUGUUUUGUUUCAUUCACACAUGUUUAACACACAAACCCUGCAUAUUUAGGCUGAGUUCUUCUCUCAAACACAAAACACUCUGUUCCACCUUGUGAUGUCAUGUGGCAAGACACGAAGCACUUCACUGUGUUUUUAAACUCCAUACACCUUGACUAAAAGUGUUUGGAUCAUUUCAGACCUGUAAUUGCCCAUCUCUACUGAACUAAACGUAAAAUGUAGCUGUUACUACCACUAUAUGACAUCACAAGGUGGAACAGAACAUUAUGAUCUUUGGAGAUGUACACAGACUAAUAAUGCAGGGUUACUCAAACAUGUGUGCAUGAAACAAAACACAACUCCAGGCAUGUUUUUGAUGAGGUAACAACAUUACAUAGGACCUUUAAUCCUAACAUCUGGACUACACCAUGACUAGACUAGAGCUAAAUCAGUUCUCAAACCUAAUGAACUUCACUAUUCUCAAAGUCUGUAUACGGCCAUGUCUACCACUAUCAUCACGGGACAUUAUGUGCUAUAUACCCUCUAUAGUCACCCUUUACCCUAGCUCGAUAACCACUGUAGCGGGACUGGGCUCACACUGGGGGGAAGAUUUCACAAGCGUUUUUACAACUAUCAAAACUCGCAGGUUCCCAGAGGCCUGUUGGGACAGAAGCUACUCCUGCGUUUUUUCAGUAUGGGGCGUGUGUACUGCCAAAAAUAUGUGAUUUAAAUGUUUAUUGUUGUAUGACACUGUGCAAUUUGAUAUAUGUUUUGUCAUGGUUGUAUCCCUGUUUAGACUGCAAAGAAAUACUCAUGUUUUUCCUUUUUGUCUUUAAAGGUGCACUAUGUAACUUUUUGGUUGGGGGCCUGUCACCUGCUUGUCUUUAUGGAUAUGUCAUUUUUCUGCCUGGAAUGUUCCACAGCAUGACAUUAAACAGCUCUACUUUACAUUUUCAAUUACAGGUGGCUGAAAAAUGCAUAGAAAAACAGACAUUCUGACUGAGUGAUGUUGCCUCUCCAUAGAUCUGACCUGUAACUUGGUCUGGUUUGGUCUCCAUGAGGAUAGAAAACUUUAAUACCAUACUGUGAAACAUGAUGACACAAUAACAUGUCCAUGGAGAAAAGUAUUAGACAGGCCCUCCCACAGAAAAGUUACGCAAUGCACCUUUAAAUCAUGUACUUUUAUUCUCAAUAUGACUGUUAAUUUACCUACACUGGAUCAAUAUUGUAAUUCAAUCAAUUUCUUGCCAAAUAUCUCCACAUUAUUGUUUUGUUAAAGGUACACUGUAAUUUUUCUGGUAGAGGGUCUGCCACCUGCUUGUCUCCAUGACAAGUUAUUGCUUAGCCUAGAACAUUCCACAGAUUUUUACUUUUUUUUGCUAUGGAUCCUACCUGGACAACUGAGGGAUUACACAGACAUUCCACAGUAUAGCAUUAUCUAUCUCCAUGGAGACAAGCAGAUGGCAGACUCUCUACCACAAAAGUUACAUAAUGGACCUUUUUUAUAUGUAUUUUUCCAUGUAUAGACUGCUUUUGCAAUAUCACCACGAAACAUAUAUUGUGUCAUUUGUUUAUAUAACUACUUUAUUCAAAAAUUGUGUAGCUUUUUGAGAAUGUACCAAUAUCUGUGAAGUUACCAUUCUUUUCAAUACAUUUUUAUUAUGUGUG